CUGCACUGCUCCUCUGUCCCCCUGGUCAUUCUGAUCGAUCCAUGUCUCUCAACAAUCUUGCCACCGGCCUUCAAGACAGAUUCAAGCAGCAGGGUGUCCUGUCUGACCUUGAUGAGGCCAUUGAGCUCCAUCGAGCCGCACUGCUUCUCUGUCCCCCUGGUCAUUCUGAUCGAUCCAUAUCUCUCAACGAUCUUGCCAUAAGCCUUCAAGCCAGAUUCAAGCAGCAGGGUGUCCUGUCUGACAUUGAUGAGGCCAUUGAGCUCCAUCGAGCCGCACUGCUUCUCUGUCCCCCUGGUCAUUCUGAUCGAUCCAUAUCUCUCAACAAUCUUGCCAUCAGCCUUCAAGCCAGAUUCAGGCAGCAGGGUGUCCUGUCUGAUUUUGAUGAGGCCAUUGAGCUCCAUCGAGCCGCACUGCUCCUCUGUCCCCCUGGUCAUUCAGAUCGAUUCAUGUCUCUCAACAAUCUUGCCAUCAGCCUUCAAGUCAGAUUCGAGCAGCAGGGUGUCCUGUCUGACCUUGAUGAGGCCAUUGAGCUCCAUCGAGCUGCACUGCUCCUCCGUCCCCCUGGUCAUUCUGAUCGAUCCAUGUCUCUCAACAAUCUUGCCAUCAACCUUCGAGACAGAUUCAAGCAGCGGGGUGUCCUGUCUGACCUUGAUGAGGCCAUUGAGCUCCAUCGAGCUGCACUGCUCCUCCGUCCCCCCGGUCAUUCUGAUCGAUCCGUGUCUCUCAACAAUCUUGCCAUCAACCUUCGAGACAGAUUCGAGCAGCGGGGUGUCCUGUCUGACCUUGAUGAGGCCAUUGAGCUCCAUCGAGCUGCACUGCUCCUCUGUCCCCCCGGUCAUUCUGAUCGAUCCAUGUCUCUCAACAAUCUUGCCCUCAGCCUUCAAGACAGAUUCGAGCAGCGGGGUGUCCUGUCUGAACUUGAUGAAGCUUUUAGGCUGUAUUUACAACUUUCCCACCUAUCACAUGCAGCCUCUCGUUGGGAUCUUAGCGCUGCAAAGUCAUGGGUAGCCUCAGCGGAGAAGCUGAAGCAUUGCUCCACAUUGGUUGCCUAUCAGACCGCAUUGAACUUUCUGGAUCAGCAUGUUGCUCUUUUGUCUUCUUCUCCACGUCAUUUCGAUGUUGUCAGGGAGGCUACUUCUUCCCUUGCCACUGAUGCUUUCUCGUGUGGUGUCCGUUAUGGUGCCUUGACGACUGCUGUACAACUAGUGGAGCAGGGGCGUGCAGUAUUCUGGACUCAGUUGGCGCGCUUCCGCACGCCACUCAAUGAGCUCUCCUUUUCAGGUGACACUGGCGCAGCCUUGGUGGAAGAGUUCAAGCGACUUAGCUCUCAGCUUCGUAAUGCAUUCGAUCAGUCUACUGAAGACCAGUCCCAACCAAUCGGGCAACUGACCAGGCAAUGGGAUGAUGUCGUCUCACGCAUCCGCACGCUCCCUAACUUUUCUUUGUUUCUCCUGCCUCCACUGUUUUCUGACCUCCAGAAGGCAGCUGAAGAUGGUCCAGUCAUCAUUGUCAACGCUAGUCAGUACAGCUGUGAUGCCUUGAUUAUUUUGCAUGCCCAAGAUCCUGUCCACGUUCCGCUCAAUAUUGCACGGACCGAAUUAUCCGAAUUGUCCUCCGACUUUCAGUCCCUCGCAGAGCAAUUUGGUUCUUCUGAUCAUCAACACAUGCUUGUCAGCAUCCUCCGCAAGCUUUGGGAUGACAUUGUUGACCCAGUGGUCCAAGCUCUCAGGGAGUCGGCAGUUCCCCGUGGCUCACGCAUCUGGUGGUGCCCCACCGCCGAGUUCACGCCGCUUCCUUUACAUGCAGCAGGACCCUACGAGAAGAAGAAAGACAAUUUGUCUCACUUUUACAUAUCUUCUUACACUCCGACUUUGACAACUCUCAUUCGUGCGAGACAGCAGGCUUCUCAAGAUACAUCUCCGCAACAAUUCGUUGCCAUUGGUCAAGCACACCCAGACAGAGGGAAGGAACUUCGCUGUGUCGCUUCCGAGCUGGCCGUCGUCGCUCAGCACGUUAAACCCGUUGCGUCUUUCACAUCACUUGCGGACCGCAACGCAACAGUAGAGGGAGCAUUGGAUGCAUUGAGCCGGAAUCAAUGGCUUCACCUUGCCUGCCAUGGAAUGUCGAAUCAACAACAAACAUUUGAGUCUUCCUUUGCGAUGCGCGACGGGCUUUUAACAAUCAAGGAUAUCGUCCGGUCUGACUGGCAGAAUCCGCAGUUCGCGUUUUUAUCAGCCUGCCACACUACCGUGGGCGAUAAGAAGAGUCCGGACGAGUCGAUCCAUCUCGCUGCGGCUAUGCAAUUCUCCGGAUUUCGCAGUGUGAUUGGUUCGAUGUGGUCUGUUGACGACGAGGUUGCACGGCAGAUGGCGUCUGCUUUUUACCUUCACCUGAUUGAUGGUUCAGGGAGAUUGGACUGUACACGGGCUGCGGUAGCGUUGCACAAGGCUGUGAAGACAUUGCGGCGCAACAAGGUUCCACUGGAACAGCAGAUCGUGUUUGUUCAUAUAGGUGUCUAGCUUGAGACCCACUCGCUAUCAUUGGACUGCACUUUUUGACGCU